CAGCGGUGAGCGCACGGACCGGGCACCACUCGCGCGCGUACCGCGGACCAAGCCGCUUCGAAUUUCGAACGUUACAAACGUCAACGCCAUUUUUUUUUUUAAAAGUGCCAGUGCAUUUUGAACUGAGGAUUUUGUGACAGUACUGUGUUUUACAAAACAGAUUUGUAAAGGUGCCAUCCGUGACUGUGUGCGUGCCCCGUGAAUUUCACAACCAUUACGAACAAUCGAUUGACGCAAAUUAAUCGAUUAACUGUUGAACGAACAAAUAAUCGAAUACACCGGUCCUUACAAAAUGUGUUUACGCCAUUACUAAGGCUGUGAAACUGUAUUGCAGUGUUUGUUCUUUGAGAAACUUACGUCAAACUCAAUAACUAAGUGAAGUGCAUCGAAGAUUCGAAGUUUUCUUCCACUGGGCUGAGCUCAACACUCGAUCGUUUUUUCUUGAUGUCAGUCCGCCCCGAAAGUAAUGGAUAGCCACAGUAGAUCGGCGUCCCCCAGGGAGCCAGCGCGGCCGCUGCAUCGCCCGCCCUCCCCGCCCUCCUCCCCCCAGUCAGGCUUCGACAACAGAGCGUACCAGCACGACGAGUCAGACCCCAACCACAACGACAGCUUCACUUCCAAUGGUCCACAACAAAACCAUCAAAACGGGCACAGUAAAGAACCUAAUGGUGACACCAAAACAUUAGAAGCAGUCAACUUAGAACUGAUUAAUUUGACUCCUAAAAACGGGUCCAAGAAAAAGGAUGUGGAGGUUGACAUGAAUGCUACAAACCCGUACGACGAAUACUUCGUACCUGUCAACGAGCAUCGGAAGUACAUGAGAGGAGAGAAGCUAUACGUGACUGCGGACAAGCGCGGUGAGAAAGGCGGCUGCAAGCGGCCUCUUUGCUGGACGCUGCUGGCUCUAGUCGUCGUAGCGAUCGUCGCGCUCAUCGUAUUGGCAGCCACUGGAAUUCUCUUCACAAAUUCACCGACUCCCCUCGAACAAUACAACGCAUCAGUAAGUUCGGCGCGCGCUUUCGGCGGCAUCACGAGCGAUCACAGUCACGAUCACGACCACGACCAUGACCACAGCCAUCAUCACCACGACCACAGCGGCCACGAUCAUCACCACGAACAAGAACAGAGUACUCCGCCACAAGACGGCACAGGAGCUCAAAAUGACGAAGCUAAAUUACCCAUGACCUCCGAAGAAAAGAGCGAUGCGUCUAUGUACGUACCAAGAACAUUGGAGGGAACCUUGAAGAUAGACAACGAAAUUUUUACAGCAGAUCUUGAAGACACAGAAAGCGAAAAGUACAUAGAUUUCACGACAAAUUUUAGCGAUGCACUGAAACAUGCGCUAUUCGAUAGGAACACCAUAAAUGGAGACAAUGAAAUUAUUGUCGAAGUUAUUCAGAUAAGAAAUGGCUCGUUGAUUGUAACGUAUAGAAUUCACUGGAUCCCCAAGUAUAACGCAGAACCGGCGGAAGAUCUUAUGACAGUGGACACAUUAAAAACAAACCUCAAUAAUUACCUCAAUGAGAACAAUAGAAUGAUUAGCGUGUACCACGUUGCCGAUGAAGAGUUGCCUACAACACAAGUACUUGAUUUAUGUAAAAUAAAUAAUUACGAUUGUGAACACAAAUGUGAAUUUGAUGAUUCUAUACUUGAUUUUACAUGUGUUUGUCCACAUGGACAAAUAGUAGACAUUGGAGCACCGAAAAGGUGUAUGCCUCUGCGGGAAAACUCAAAACCAAUUAAUCCCGAGAUUACGUCAGAAAAGGAAUCGAAUAUUCUAAACAGUAACUCUAAUGAAAGCACAAUGAAAACUAGUUCUGAAGAAAAAGCUAAAACUGAAACAACUCGCUCAGGUAAUGAGGAAAGUAUGUUUGACUGGACGGAACCACGGCACUUUACACCAGAAACAACAACUGAAACGGAACCUGACUUGAACUUUUCCCAUAUUUUUGGUCCAGAAACGCCAAAACCGGAACCUGAACCAAGUGCUGAACCCGAAGUCAUCCCCAUUCCCGAACCUACAGCGACUCCAAAAUCUAACUACGAAUCAGAUACUAUAACCGGACCUGAACCAGAACCCACAGCCGAACCACAAGCAGAGCCGGCACCCGAACCAACUUCUGAGCCAAAGCCAGAACCAGAAGCAGAGCCUGAACCUACAGCUGAACCAAAACCAGAACCAGAACCUGAACCUACAGCUGAACCAAAACCAGAACCAGAGCCAGCGCCCGAACCCACAGCACAAUCAAACUCUGAGUCAGAGCCAGCGCCUGAACCUACAGCAGAACCAAUCCCUGAAUUAGUGCCUGCGCCAGAACCCACAGCUGAACCAAAACCUGAGCCAGAACCAACAGCAGAACCUAAUCCAGAACCUGAACCAACCACAGUUUCAAAUACAGAAUCUCAACCUAAGGAAAUACCAAUAGAACCAUCUAGAUCCAUAGAAUUACAAUUAGACGACAAAACUACAAACGAGCAAGGAUCAAGCAAGGAAUCCAAAGACGUUACAACUGCUAAUCCGGACACCGUAACGAUGAUGUCACCAAAAGAAACGCUAGUUUUAGGUUAUGAACAAGAAACAAAACAAGAUGAACCAAAGGAACCAAACACUACUAUCAAACCAACGUAUGAUCAGCCUACCUUUGAUUUAGAGAGUAUAAUCGCUCUUCAAACAACUGCAGAGCCAGAACCAAAUCAAAGUUAUUUAGAAAUCAAACCAUUACCAAAAAAUGAUAACGAUGAUAAAGAAAUAGAAAGCAUGGUGACGACAACAACGAAAACUUCUGUAUCUGAGCUACAUAUGAUAAGCGAACCUUCUUAUGAACCUAAGCCCGAAAUCAUAUCAAUUAUGACGGAAAAUGGACAGCGAAUGAAUUUUACAAGUAUUGAUCCUACGAAUUACACUACAAUUGAAAACGAUUGGCUUGAAGCAGACGACGACAAAAACGUAGAGACAACACAAAAUGGUCAAAUGGGCUCAGAAAUGGUCAACGAAGGCAAUAGUGACAAUGUUAAUAAGACUGAACAAAGAUCUUCAAAGAAAUUUGAAGAUUUUGCUUUUGAAACGACAACUGAUAAUUUCAAUGGAAACAGUAAUGAAGAUAUUACAUUCGACCUUUUAAAGAAAAAUAAUGAAAAACCAUAUGUUCUCACUACAAUAGAACCAACAAUACAAAAGACAGAAGAUUUAUCAGACAAAGCUACGUCAAAAAUAAAUAAUAUCGAAACAACGACAUUUAUUAAUAUCUUUACAAACAAGAUGAAUGGUCAAAACGAAUCGGAAGUUAAAGAAAUUCCCUUAGAGAGUAGUAAAGAAAUUGCAGAUCUUAAUAAAGCAGAUUUUAUGUCCGAUCAAACUGUAACUACAUUAAGUAAUGAGAGUUCAAUGAACAAACAAUUCGAGCAAAUCGAACAAGGUGAAAAUAUAGCAGGUACAAAUAACACAACUAACGGCCUAUCAAAUGUUGUUCCUACGAUGAAAGACAUGCCAGACGAAAGUACUAAUGUAAAUCAUGACAUCACGGAUGAUAUGGUUUACAACAGACCACCUGAAAUAGUUAAAAAGGAAGAAAAUGAAAACAAAGAAGUAACAGAAUCAAAAGAAGUAGAAGAAUCGAAUGAAACUACACCUGAUUCAGAUUGGUUAACAGAAACUGUAACAGAAGUUAAUUAUGAAGACGUUAUGAAUACAAGUGACAAACAUGAAACUACUGCAGCGCCUGCAGCCAAAGAAGACGAAAUUAUGGAUCAUGUGGUGAGUAAAGACGAUAUUGAACCAGACUAUGCAAAUAUGGAAUCUAAAAAUAGCAAAAUGUCAGACAAAGAGGAACCUUUAUUCGGUAUGUCAGACGAUUAUUAUAAUGAAGACCCUAGAGUAAAAAGAAUUAACAUAGAUAAAGAAAACUCUAAAACUAGCACACAAGAAAAUAUAACUGAACCGGAUGGUCAACCUGAACUAUUUAUGGAAAACAAUGCAACCUUUAAUAACGCACUGGAAACUACAACCAUAGGUCAAUAUAUAUACAAAGUAUUGGCACAGAGUACAAGUGAAACAACUGUUGAUAACCCUGUCAUUUCGUCACAACCACCUGUAGCAGCUCCUGUUUGGGAAGACCAUGAUGUAAACGAAGACCUUUCAAUACAACAAAAUAUGAGUAACCACCAGAUUGAUAAUAUGAACAUUGCUUCUACGGUAGUUCCCCUAACAACUAUUUUCACUAAUGUUAAUAAAUUUUCCGAAGAUUCAACAGGAAUGAGCGAAUUAGUGACACAUAACGCAACACAGGUUAACAAUCUAAAUGUAACCAUUUAUGAAAUAUCAGGCCACAGUGGAAAUCAAUCAUUUGUUUCUUCAAAACCUACCAAUUCUCCAUCUACUGAGUUCGUAGAUCAUGAAACCGAAAUGAAUCCAUUUUUACCAGAAGUGGAAAACAACAAAAGUCUUGUAAAAAAGCUACAGGAAGGCCAUGACCUCGAGCCCACAAACUUAAAUGAAACUCAAAAUGAAAACGUAGAAGAACAUAACUUACCUAGUAGUACAGAUAUUGUUACAGUCGACUCUAAACAAACAGCAGAAAGUAAUGAAACGAAUAUAUCAAAUACAACGUUAACAUUUACUCCUGAAACAAAACCAGAGGCUACAACUACAGAGAUCAUAGAUGACGAUUUUCUAUUUAAUCAGCUUUAUACUAACUCCCACGAAGAUAAACCUGAAUUUACAACUGAAAUAAAUAAUGUAGUAACCUCUUCAAAUUCUUAUAGUGACAAAUCAGCCACGGACACAAAUGAGAAUAAGGAAGUACUACCUAUUUCUACAUUUUUAUUAGAUACCGAUGAUUUAGAUACAACGAAAAAACCAAGUAUAUUAGCGGAAAAUGAUUUAAGUCCCUCUACCAAUGAUCAGUUGACAUCUUAUCCUAUAAAAGCUAAUGAUAGUGAAUUUUUAAGUGUAGUUCCAAUUGAACAGGAAAAGUAUCCACUGAAAGAAAAUUAUAAUAGUGAAAAUAAUCAAGAAUUAAAUAUUAUUAGUGAUUCACCAAAAAAGAGUGACAGAAGGACAAUCGAUGCAAACAACUUGGAUUCUGAUAUAAACAAUGUAGCGUAAAUUUAUGACAUAAGAGAAAAGUUGUACAUUAUUGUUACUUUGUUUCCUGUGAUUUUGAAAACUAUAAAUAUUGUGACUUAAAAUACCAAUGUAAAUUCAUAAACAGUGUAAGUCGUAACAUCAUCAAUAUUCUCGCUAAGAUUCCAAAUGGUUCUAAGUUUAAAUAUACUAAAGAUAUUUUUAUCUAUAUUGUAUUGAUUAAUAAUAAUUAAUAAGUAAUUACUUGUUUUAUUAGACUAGUCAAAUUAGAAAAAGUAAAUCGUCAUGAGGAUUUUAGAUUAUUUAUUGCUUCACCUACGUGAUAUCGGUUAAAUACAUCGUUACAUUAUUAUAAUUUCAAACUACCUUCACAGAGUAGAAUUUAUAAAGGUUAUGAUUUUUAAAAUUGUUACCAUAGAUAAAUGUAUAUUUUAUUAUUAUUCUAUACCGCUAAGUCUUCAUUUAUUGGAACUUAACAAAUCUAAACUCGAUUUUAAAUACUAUCAAUAUCUUAAUAUUAUGAUAUUGAACUGUAAUAUAGGUAGAGAUCAAUUACUGUAACUUGUAUUUUUAAGAAACUAAUCCUAGAUCUGUGCCGUAAUGUGAUACUGUCGAAGCCUCGAAGGAGAAUGUGGCAUUCCAAUUGUUAAUAAAAAAUUAUCUUAAGUGGCGCUUUGCGGAAGCGAGGUCUGAUUGUAAAAUAAUAAUUAUAUUAGUUUAGUUCUGUUAACUAAGAUAUAUUUUGUAUAAUAUGGUUGAAAAUGUAAAGAAGUAUGUUGUAAAUAAACAUAAUGUUAAUAAUA